AUCAUUAAUAUUAAAUAAAAUCAAGGCCGCUUGAUUACUCGAUUGACUAAUCAGAUCAACGGUCCGAACCCCACGAUCUACCUCUCCGAUCCUUCUAACCGGACCUCCGCCUGGCUCUCUCCGCCGGCAGCUUAUCGUGGCCGAGCCACCGUCCAUCCAUCCGCCGCCUCCGCCGCUUCCAUUAGCUGUAAUAAUCAUCUCUCGCGAUCACUUCUGUAACCUUCUUUUCCUGCAGAAGAUUUGUCGAAAAGAAAAGUCGAAUAUUUGAUAAUUGAAAUAGGAGCGAUGGUGUUAGUACUGGCAUUGGGUGAUUUACACAUACCACACAGGGCUCCGGAUUUGCCAGCCAAAUUCAAGUCCAUGCUUGUUCCUGGAAAGAUCCAGCAUGUCAUUUGCACCGGCAACGUAUCUAUCAAAGAAGUUCAUGACUACUUGAAAACCGUUUGUUCAGACUUGCACAUUACUCGAGGAGAAUACGAUGUGGAUUCACGUUACCCCGAAACAAAGACAUUAACAAUUGGCCAAUUUAAGCUCGGUAUAUGCCACGGCCAUCAGGUGAUUCCAUGGGGAGAUCUCGACUCGCUGGCAAUGCUACAGCGACAGCUGGACGUAGACAUUCUCGUGACAGGUCACACACACCAGUUCACAGCGUACAAGCACGAGGCUGGGGUUGUGAUAAACCCAGGGUCAGCGACGGGUGCCUUUAGCAGCAUCACCUACGAUGUCAACCCUAGCUUCGUUCUAAUGGAUAUUGAUGGUCUACGAGUUGUCGUUUAUGUUUACGAACUCAUUGAUGGAGAGGUGAAGGUCGAUAAAAUCGAUUUUAAGAAGACAACUACAUCCUAACUGAAACCACAAUGACUUCCUUUUUUUUUUUUUUUAGUUUUUUUUUCUUUACAAAUUUCUGCCACAGUUGUCUAACUAUUGGACCAAGUUUGUUAUUUCGGAGGUGCUGAGUUGAUUGAUGGUUGAGUUUGAUUGCUCGUAAUUUGGUUUUAA